UAACUCCAGGAAGUUGAAAGUUUUUUAGUGCGACGUUAAUUUUAAUUCACGAGUUUAAGAAAAGAAACUGGUCGGCGACUGAAAAAAUCGUUGUUUUUGUAUUUGUCACUUAAAGAGGCUGCCUUCGUAGAUACACUUUGACCAACUCUACAGCAGUAGGACGAGCAGGACAUAACUGCUAAAGUCGCCACACACCACAAACAUAAGAUGUUAGCCUCGAGUCUGCUGGCUAACUACUGCCCCGAACUCCAUGAUGACCAAGCGCAGAAAGUGGACAAAUACCUGCACCAUCUUCAGCUGUCAUGUGCGACUUUGAUGGAUGUGUCACAAAGGUUUCGACGAGAGAUGGACAAAGGCCUGUGCAGAGACACCAACCCCACAGCUUCUGUCAAGAUGUUGCCCACAUUUGUGCGCUCUACUCCUGAUGGAACAGAACAAGGUGAAUUCCUGGCCCUUGACCUUGGCGGAUCCGUCUUCAGAGUGCUCUUGGUCAAAGUAAUGGCUGAUGGUGAGCAAAAGGUGGAGAUGGAAAAUCAGAUAUAUGCCAUUCCUGAACACCUCAUGAGAGGCAGUGGAUCUGAGUUGUUUGACCACAUAGCUGAUUGUCUGGCUAAUUUUCUGGAGAAGAUGGGCAUAAAGGAUAAAAAGCUUCCUUUGGGUUUCACGUUCUCUUUUCCUUGUCAGCAGACCAAGUUGGAUGAGAGUGUUUUGCUGUCUUGGACCAAAGGCUUCAAGUCAAGCGGCGUAGAGGGAAAAGAUGUGGUCAGCCUUCUGAGGAAAUCAAUCAAAAAACGAGGGGACUUUGACAUUGACAUUGUGGCUAUGAUCAAUGACACAGUGGGAACUAUGAUGACCUGUGGAUAUGACGAUCAUCACUGUGAAAUUGGCCUCAUUGUGGGGACGGGGACCAAUGCCUGCUACAUGGAGCAGAUGAGGAACCUUGAGCUGCUAGAUGGUGAUGAAGGGCAGAUGUGUGUCAACACAGAGUGGGGUGCUUUUGGAGACGAUGGUGCCCUGGAGGACCUCCGCACUGACAUUGACAGGGAAAUAGACGCAGGCUCUCUGAACCCUGGCAAGCAGUUGUUUGAGAAGAUGAUCAGUGGCAUGUACAUGGGAGAACUAGUGCGUCUCAUCCUGGUAAAGAUGACCAAAGAGCGGCUACUGUUCCAGGGCAAGACAACAGCAGAGCUACUCACCACUGGACGCUUCACCACAAGCUACAUCUAUGCCAUUGAUAAUGACAAAGAUGAGGAAGGGCUGGCAAGUGCUGAAAAGGUGCUCCGGGGCUUGAGUCUGGAUCCGUCAGUUGAGGACUGCAUAGCCACUCAGAGGGUCUGUCAGAUAGUGUCUACACGGGCUGCACACUUGUGUGCUGCCACACUAGUGGCAGUGCUGCGCCAGAUCCGGGACAACAAGGCGGCUGAGAGGCUGCGUACCACUAUUGGAGUAGAUGGCUCUGUUUACAAGAAUCAUCCAGAGUUUUCCAGGAGGCUCCACAAGAUGGUACGGCGCCUUGUGCCGGACUGUGAUGUGCGUUUUUUGCAGUCACAGUGUGGCAGUGGGAAGGGUGCAGCAAUGGUAACAGCAGUAGCCUACCGUCUUGCUGCUCAGCAUGCUGAGCGUCAGGGAAUCCUCGACUCUCUGCGUUUGAGCCGUGAACAGCUGCUGGAGGUGAAGAAGCGAAUGAGUGAAGAGAUGGUGCGAGGCCUGUCAAAGCAAACCCAUGAGCAGGCAAGCGUCAAGAUGCUUCCCACCUAUGUCAGAUCCACACCAGAUGGAACAGAGCAUGGUGACUACUUGGCUUUGGACCUUGGGGGCUCCACCUUUCGGGUGCUUCUGGUGCAAGUGCAAAGUGGAAAGAGACACAAUGUGAACAUACACCACAAAAUCUACAGUAUCCCACAGGAGACCAUGCAGGGCACAGGGGAAGAGCUUUUCAACCACAUUGUGUCCUGCAUUGCCGACUUUCUGGAAUACAUGGGCAUGAAAGGAGCGUCUUUACCUCUGGGAUUUACGUUCUCCUUUCCCUGCCAUCAAAGCAAACUGGAUCAGGGCAUUCUUCUGAAGUGGACAAAGGGUUUUAAAGCCAGCGGUUGUGAGGGACAAGAUGUCAUUACUUUACUUAAAGAUGCUGUCCGCCGCAGACAGGAAUUUGACUUGAACUUUGUAGCUGUGGUUAAUGACACAGUGGGAACCAUGAUGACCUGCGGCUAUGAGGAACCCAAAUGUGAAGUGGGACUCAUCGUAGGCACAGGGACCAACGCCUGCUACAUGGAGGAAAUGCAGAACAUUGAACUGGUGGAGGGUGAUGAAGGUCGUAUGUGUGUCAACAUGGAGUGGGGAGCAUUUGGUGACAGUGGCGAACUUGAUGACUUCUGCACCCAGUUUGAUCACAUUGUCGAUGAAUGCUCUAACAACCCUGGGAAACAGAGGUAUGAGAAGAUGAUCAGUGGCAUGUAUCUCGGGGAGAUAGUGAGGAAUGUGCUGAUGGAUUUUACUGCUAAGGGCCUGCUGUUCAGAGGCAAACUGUCUGAGCGGCUGAAGACCCGCGGCAUCUUUGAGACAAAGUUCCUGUCACAGAUUGAAAGUGACCGUCUGGCCAUGCGACAGGUCCGCUCAAUUCUACAGCAUCUGGGCCUCACCAGUUCCACAUGUGACGACAGCGUGCUGGUGAAGGAGGUCUGUAGUGUGGUGGCCCGCCGUGCCGCUCAGCUGUGUGGUGCUGGUCUAGCUGCUGUGGUCGACAAGAUGAGACAGAACCGCAACCUCAAUCAGUUUUCCAUCACCGUGGGAGUAGAUGGCACCCUUUAUAAAACACACCCUCAUUUCUCCAGCAUCAUGCAAGAGACAUUGCAGGAUUUGGCGCCACAAUGUCAGGUGACUUUCCAGAAGUCCGAGGAUGGAAGUGGCAAGGGAGCAGCACUGAUCACAGCGGUGGCCUGUAGGGUCAAGAGCGAAUGGCAGCACUGAAUCAUCAGAACAUUGAGGGACAGGUAGAACCAGAGUGACUGAUGUUCUGUACCAGGUCACCAAAUUGAGGUCACAUACACCUUGGCCUAAGUUUAGGUCUUAAGUAAACAUUGAAAUGUUAAAUCUUAUUUUGUGUGUGUGUCUGUGUGUGUGUGUGUAUGUUCACAUGCACAUGCUUGAAUGUGAGUUUUAGAUUUGUGUUUUGAAUAGACGUACUUAUUUAUGGUGUGAACUGACAUUGGAUGGUGGAGGAGGGUGGAAAAUUAAUUUCAGACAUUACAGAAACAGAUUUUGCACCUUCUAUGAGAUAGUGACUGUUACAAGUUGUGAGGCUCCUUUCACAUUUUACACUCCCUUUUUUUCUUUUUUAUUUGCACUUUCCAACUCAGUUUUCCUCCCAGCUGACUAUUUUUUUUUUUAAACAAUGGCACAAAAAGUUUAUUUACAUUUACACACAUUUUACAGCAUUUUAAAGAUCAGACUUCACAAAGUGCCUCACCAUAAAUAUCAAAUCAUACACAAGGCAUGAAGUAAAGUGAAGUGAAGUGAAUUUUCUGGAAGGAAAUGGUGUGGAGCUUCGGUAGACCAAAUCCAGGAGACAUAUUCUUAUGCUAAAACAAUCACAACUUAACAUGGUAUUGACCUGAACAACAAAACACACCUGCAUGAUUUUUGCAUGUAGAAUACUUUGUUCUAUAGUGCUUUUCUUAGUUGAACUGGAAUAUAAUUGAUUUUACGACAGCAAAUUUAUGGUUUCACAAUAAGAAUGAUCAAACACAAAGUUUGAACUGAAAUACUUUUUAAACAGUUGUGAACUUUUGCUUUUUCCUUGACUUCAAAUUUCACUUUUAUCCUCAUAUAGUAUAACAUUUUUCAAAAUGUCAUUAGGAAUAAAUGUCAUACUCCUUGUCUCUUUAUUGUGAGCAGAGCAUCAACAAGAAAAUGACAACCAGUAGUCCUGCAAGUGUCUUAACAGCUCUGCAGCUUCAGAGAGAGUUUUCAGAUAAGUGAGAUGGAAGUACAGACGUGAGAAUUUGUUGUUGCCCCUGAAAUAUUAUGAAAUAUAUUAAAUGUUUUGUUAAAACCAUAAACACCACCAUCCAGUUGUACAGUCGAUACAAUCAGUCGUUUAUGGAAAAAUGUGUUAUUGAGUUAUGCACAAAUACGAUAAAUAUCCAAUUACUGUAUGCAGUACCCCAUUGAUUACACUUUAAUGUUUGAUUAGCGCAUGAACCUUCCUGUGCUAUUAAACUAAGCUGUGUGUUUUGCUAUUUAAAAAACAUAUCUUGCAAUUGAAUGAAAUAGUUCUUCAGCCAACAGCUGAUUGUCUGCUUUUGCUUCGGAUACAAGCUAAUAACAGCUGUUUCACUAUGUCUAAGUCUGAUCAUUAUUACCGCACGAUGAUGCUGUCAUCAACAAUGUCAUUAAAUCAGGGCUGUCACAAUAAAAUUGUCUUGAAUUGGUGUUGUUCUCAGUUUAUAAUUGUGCUUUCUCUAUUAAGUGCCCCAUUUUCUUGCUCUGCAAUCCUACCACCCUCAACGCCACUGUAGAUAGCAAAACAAGCUCGACAAGGGUGUAAACAUUCUUCCAAAUUCCUGCAAAGCUGCGUCCAAUGAGCAAGUUGUGUAACUUUAAAAUAUCACCAUAGAGUGGGAAAUGUAAGGUAUUUUAGGAAAAUUUGCACUCUCACAUUCUACUCUAACCAGAUUGCAUUCUCACAAUCAUGUUAUUUUGUAAGUCAAUAAACCACGAUUGUAAAAAUGUAAGGAGCAAGGAUUAUUUGCACUCCUGGAGGUGCCUGGUUUAAGGAAUACAGACGGUAGAAGGAAGGAUUGGUUUUAGCCUCAGUUGAAUUAUUUAUGUUUUUUCCUGUUUGUAUUAAGUAUAAUUUGUAUCUAUUUUAGAUGAUGUAGUUCUGAGAAUGUGUCAUUUUCUUUGAACUAUUUUUGUCAAAGCCAUAAACAACAUCCAGUUGUAUAACAGAGCGUAUAGAGAGCAGACAAAAAACAUUCACAAGCAACAAGGCCCGCUUCAGAUAUCUUCCUUUGAAUCCUGUAUAAUAAAGUGGAUAAUAUGCAGCCUAAUUAAUGCUACUGUACUUCCGCUGACAGCAUAAUCACUAUGCAGACCUCUAUAAUGAGCCUCAGUUCUAUGAAUGGCAUUCAAACAAAAUGAAUAAGCAGACGUCAUAAAAAUAUGCAGCAUACUUUUCCAGUUGUAGAUCAAAGA